UCCUCUUUCUCUACCGCUCUGGCCAUCGUCGCCGCUCUCCCUACCGCUUUCGCGCACUACAACUUCGACGCUCUCAUCGUCAACGGCCAGGUCACCGAGCCUUAUGAGUACGUCCGCAAGACCACCAACAACAACAGUCCCAUCACCGACGUCACCUCCAAGGACAUCAUCUGCAACGCCGGUGGUCUCGACAAGGAUAUCCGCGCUGCUACCAAGACUCACAAGGUUUCUCCCGGUGAUGAGGUUGGUUUCACCGUCGCCAACGACAUGGGUCACCCCGGUCCUCUCGCUGUCUACCUGAGCAAGGCACCUGAUGGCACCGAGGCUUCUGACUACCUCGGUGAUGGAGACUGGUUCAAGGUCUACGAGAUGACCUGGAAGAGCAUUGGUGAGCAGGGCAUUGAGUGGGCCAACUACAUGAACGGUCAAUCCAACGGUAUCACCAACUUCACCUUUACUCUUCCCAAGGAGACUCCCAAGGGUACUUACCUCAUGCGCGCUGAGCACGUUGGUCUUCACGGCGCUGGUGAGAAGAACGGUGCUCAGUUCUACAUUGGCUGCGCCCAGCUCACCGUUGACGGUAACGGUGCCGGCAAGCCUUCUCCCGUCGUCUCCCUCCCUGGUGCUUACACUGCCACCGACCCCGGUCUGCUCCUCAGCAUCUACUACCCUCCCGUCACCAACUACACUGCUCCUGGCCCCAAGGUCUGGCCCAGCGGCUGUGAGGAUCACACUCCCAACUUUGCUGGCCAGGCUAGCGACGGUGACUGCACCAACGACAAGGGUUCCGACUCUGGCAGCGCU